AUGGUGCUAGAGGCUUCCAUGAUAAUUGUCGACAACAGCGAGAGUAGCAGGAAUGGCGAUUAUGUACCGUCACGAUGGGAAACGCAAGCGGACGCCGUAAACCUAAUCUUCUCGGCAAAGACCGGAGCGAACCCAGAGUCGUCUGUCGGCCUCAUGAGCAUGGGAGGCAACACCCCCGAGAUUCUCACAACGUUGACCACGGAUAUCGGCAAGAUUCUCGAUGGCCUACACAGGACGAAGAUAAAGGGCAGCUCGCAUUUCUCAACUGGCCUCAAUGUGGCCGCGUUGGCGCUGAAGCACCGCCAGAACAAGUCCCAAAAGCAACGGAUAAUCAUCUUCACCUGCAGUCCCAUCAAUGAAGAGGAGAAGGAGCUCACCAAACUCUCGAAGCGCAUGAAGAAAAGCGGCAUAAGCGUCGACAUCAUUGCAUUCGGCGAGCUCGGCGAGGAGACGAUUAAGAAGCUGGAGAAAUUCAGCGAGGCUUGCCAGGGCAACGAAGGGUCUCACCUCGCCGUUAUACAGCCCAGCUCAAACCUCCUCAGCGAUUCUCUUGUCACAACGCCUAUACUUGGCGGGGAUGGAAGCUCCGGUGGGGCAGGAGCCGGCGGCGCCAGCGGCGAAGGAGGCGACACGGGCGGCAACGCUUUCGAGUUCGGUGUUGACCCGUCGGUGGACCCAGAGCUGGCGUUGGCCCUGAGGAUGAGCUACGAAGAAGAAAAGGCGCGACAGGAGAAGGAAAAGAAGGCCAAGGAGGCUGCCGAAGGCAAGUCGGAGCUGGAGCAGAUAGCGGAGGAUGACGAGAAGCAGCCCCUCUUGGACGACCAAGGUCAGCCCAGCGGAAGCGGAAGCAAGGACAAAAAGGAUAAAGACGACCCAGACAAGAUGGAUACUGCAUGA